AUGCUCCCCAGCGCCGUGGCGGCCCAUGCCGGCGCCUACUGGGACGUGGUGGCUUCCUCCGCGCUGCUGAACUUCCCCGCCGCGCCGGGCUUCGGCAACCUGGGCAAGAGUUUUCUGAUCGAGAACUUGCUGCGGGCUGGGGGCGCCCCGCCGCACAGGCUACUACCGCCCCCGCCCCACGGCCCGGCAGCAGCUCUCGCCGCGGGCGCUCAGGUCCGGCCCCUGCCCGCCAGCCCGGUUCCGCUCAAGCUGUGCCCCGCGGCAGAACCAGUCAGCCCCAACGGAGCGCUCUACAGCACGCGGUGGGCGUUUCAAGUGCUCAGCCCCUCGGCGGACGGCGCCAGGCUGCCGGGCCGGGCUCCGGGGGACCGAGACUGUGCCUUCCAGCCAUCAACCCCAGCGCCUUCCAAGCCUUUUUUUCUGAGCGCCCCGCCAUUCUACUCGUCAUGCUGCGGUGGGUCCUGUCGGCGCCCUGCCUCCCCCACUAUUUUUCCAAGAGAAGAGAGUGUGCUGCCUCUUCUGACACAGGAAUCUAAUUCCAAAGCUCGGAGGGGUAUUUUAAGAAGAGCUGUCUUUUCUGAGGACCAGAGAAAGGCUCUGGAGAAAAUGUUUCAGAAGCAGAAAUAUAUCAGCAAAACAGACCGAAAGAAACUUGCCCUCAACUUGGGACUAAAGGAAUCACAGGUGAAAAUCUGGUUUCAGAACAGAAGGAUGAAAUGGCGGAAUUCCAAAGAAAAGGAAGUGCUUUCCAACAGGUGUAUCCAAGAAGUAGUCCUUCAAGAGGACCCCCUCUCACGAUCUGCUCUGGGUUUCCCUUCUCCAUGUCCUUCACUCUGGGAAAUCUCCCAACAGCACUCGAGUCCAAGAUGGAGGGAGAAUUCACCAGAACCUUCAGAGAGACUAAUCCUGGAGAGUCCAGGGGCAUUGGCCCCAGAAGCAAAGUCACUGCAAGGUGCCUUGUAUUUGUGUUCUGAAGAGGAUGCCAGAGACAAGGGUGUACUUACUGGCUCAGUGUGA